UAUAUAUUGAAAAAAAAAAUGUUCUAACAAAAAAAAAGGACAAGGCCUUCGUCCUAAAACCCUUGAACAGUUAAACCCCCCAUUUCCCCCAUCGCUCUGAAGUCCGAACUGACAAGUUUUUCCAAUGGCGGCAACUCGCUGUCGCACCCUAUCAAGGCCAGCAUUUUCUCUGUUUAAAUCCUCUGUCUCAAAACCAUCAGUGAGGCAGUCCCCUCCGCUUUCAUCAGCAUUCAGCAUCCCUAAAACCUGUUCUUCAACCUCCAGUCUCUCAAGGCCGUUGCCCCAACUGGGAUCUCUCCAGUCUCUGUUGCCUCUCCACACAGCAAUCUCCUCAGCUCGACUCACAUCAUGCCUGGGGUUGGACUCCAAGGCUAGGUCGUUGUCUCAGGGUAUGCUCUGCAGUGCCAAUCCAGGAGUUUGAUACUAUUUUCUAAUGUAUCUAACUAGGUCUCAGUGUUCCUCGAUAAGAGACACCAAGCGGAAGACGAAGAAAGGGAUUAAUUUACGAGAAUGGUAAUCACUUUGGGAAGAAAUCCAUUGAAAUCUUUUUAUCCAUUUACUAGGAAACUAUCUGUAUGAUAAGAAUACGUUAACGUUUUCAAGUUACCCUACCCUUCUUUAUCCUGUAUUUUCCUUUCUGAUUCUCCUAAAAGCAAAUGUGAUUCAUAUGGAUCAAUUCCUGUAACUGGGGAACAAAGCAAAUAAAGUGUUCAAUCAAAUCUGAAGUCGGUUGCUAGAUUUUUGGCAAAUGGUCCUUGUGUUUUUCUUGGGGCAGAGCUUAUGUAAAACUGUAUGCAUUGCCUAGCUAGUAUGCUACAGCAAAUGGUGUGCAUAGAUGAUGAAUG